AUGGGUGAAGGUGGCAUUUUAUCGGGUGAAAUACCCACAGCGUAUAAUCCCGAAAAUCCUAUUCCCCUUUUUGUUCUUCAGGUCAUAUUGAUAAUUACUUUAACACGUCUUCUUAACGUGGCAUUAUCUCAUUUCCGUCAACCUCGUGUUAUUUCUGAAGUCAUUGGUGGGAUUAUUCUCGGUCCUUCAGUAUUCGGUCAAAUUCCUGGUUAUAUGGAUACUAUUUUCCCCGAAGAAUCUAGAUCUAUGCUUCAUCUAGCGGCAACGUUUGGUUUGGUUUUCUUCCUAUUUCUCAUUGGAGUUGAGAUGAACCCAAGAUCGAUAAUUAACAAUGCAAGAGCCGCCAUCAGUAUUUCGUUUGGUGGUAUUAUCACAUGUUUCGCGUUGGGAUCUGCUGUAGGUUUCGGAUUAUAUUCUCAAUUCACUGAUAAAACUGCAAAAUUUUCAAGUUUUAUAUUAUUUAUUGGCGUAGCAAUGUCAAUCACUGCUUUUCCCGUCCUUGCUCGUAUUUUAUCAGAACUCCAAUUAAUUCGUACUCCUGUAGGAAUCGCUGCAUUAACCGCUAGCGUUAAUGACGAUGUGGUCUCGUGGAUUCUAUUAGCAUUAGUCAUUUCUUUGAUUCAUUCGACAGAUAACCUUUCGGCUCUCUAUGUUUUUUUGCUUUGCAUUGCCUGGAUUUUGGUGAUUGUCUUUAUUGUUCGUCCAAUCUUACUCAAAAUUAUUGUUAAAACUGGUAGCAAUGAUAAUGGUCCUACCCUUAUCAUGAUGGCUAUUACAUUAGGCUCUGUACUCGCAUCCGCUUUCGUGACUAGUGUUAUUGGAGUUCAUGCAAUCUUUGGUGGCUUCAUCAUGGGUGUUAUCAUUCCACAUGAAGGCGGAUUCGCUGUUAGAAUCACGGAAAAAAUUGAGGAUUUGAUCAACGUCUUAUUUUUACCUAUCUAUUUUACUCUUUCAGGGUUAAAAACCAAUUUGAGUUUAUUAAAUGAUGGAAGAGUGUGGCUUUGGGUUAUUAUAGUUAUCACAUGUGCAAUGAUGGGAAAGAUUUUUGGAGCCGGUCUCAUGGCAAGAUUUAACGGGUUUCAAUGGAGAGAAGCUUUGACGAUUGGAGUUUUAAUGAGUUGCAAAGGUCUUGUAGAAUUGAUCGUGCUUAACAUCGGAUAUGAUGCGGGGAUUAUUGAUGAUAGGAUUUUCGUUAUUAUGGUUACAAUGGCUAUCUUUACAACAUUCACAACAUCUCCAUUGGCGACUUGGAUUUAUUCAAGCGAAUAUCAAAAAAAGAUGGAGAUGAAGAGGACCGAGCAAGAACCAUCAGUUGAAAAAAGACUUCCCAAAGUUUCUGGAGAGACUUUAUUCGACAAACACAGAAAUUUAUUGGUAGUGCUGAACCAGGCUGAAUGGUUACCAGCCAUGAUGACCUUGAUACAAUUGUUGCAACCAACUAAAUCAACUGUUAGAACAACAAAUAAUAGAGAAGAUGAAGAGCAGGAAAUUGGUACAUCCACCACACCACAAAUCAAUUCACCAACCGUAGUAGAUCAAAGUCGUAAUCAACCAUUUAUCGUCCAUGCGUUGAGAAUUAUUGAACUCACACAACGUCUUUCAACCGUGAUGAAAUUCAAUGAAACCGAAGAAACAAUGUUGCACGAUCCGAUUAUGAACAUAUUCCGUAUGUUCGGUUAUUUGAAUUUUGUUUAUAUCAAGGCCAAUCUAUCGGUUGUUCCUAUUCAAAACUUUGCGCAAGAAGUUGCUGAAAAUAUUAAAGAAACAGGAUCCGAUAUGGUUAUCAUACCGUGGAAUGGUGCGGGUACUAUUAUUGAUGAUCCCGCCAAUUCCAUUGAAGAAAGAAUUGAGUAUUCGGAAAAGAAAGAUACAAGUCCACAAGUUGCUCAAUUUGCUCAAGGAGUUUUCGAUGAUGUCAAUGUGACAGUCGGCUUUUUAAUUGAUAGAGGACUUGGAGUAGACAUCCCAAAGGCAGAUCAUAUGCUUUCAAAUGGGACAUCUAUACAUAUUUAUCUUCCCUUCUUUGGAGGAGUUGAUGAUAGAGAAGCUUUAUCUUUUGUUGUUAGAUUAUUAAAUCAUCCGCAUGUUACAGCCACUGUAGAGCGAAUAAUGAAAUCAAGCGAACCUACAGAUAAUGAUACGACGUUAAAGAGGACAGAUUUACUAGUGAACAAGUUUAAUGUUUAUGAUGAUGUCGAAAGCGAUGUACAACGACCACCCCUUGCGCAUCAAAUUUCAACAGCUUCAAAUUAUAUUCUUAAUUCGAACUUUGACCGGCAAAUAUCUGAUGAAACUGAUGACUCGUUACUGUCAGAAUUAUUCAAAGUAGGAACUGGCUUAUUAAUAAACAAUUCCAAGAUUAGUUAUCGAGAAAUGUCUUCCGGGACACCUCUACAAACAGCAAUUGAACAUGGCAAGGGGAUGGUUACAAAGAAAGAUUUGGUAGUUGUAGGUCGUGGACGUCGCGACGCGAUUAUAAAUCACCGAAAAGAAUUUAUUGAAUUGUUGAAGAAUUUGGGGUUGAGUUAUGGAAAUAACACAAGGAAAUGUUUAGGUGAUAUAGCUGAAGCUUUUCUCGUUAGUCAAAUUUCAUCUAGCCAAGUGAAUGAUGAUCAUAUUUCCUCUAUAACUCAACUGUGGACAUUACCUAGAACAACCUUAUUAUUAAUCACCCCAAUUUUAACUUCAACAACUCUUCAAAUAUCUCCACGAUAUAUUGAACCGAUUUAUGGAAAUGUCUUCUCAUCAAUUUACUUUUCUCAAGCAGCUUCUGCUUCGAUACUUUUGGGCAUUGCGAUUGGAAUUGGAUUUGUAGUUAAAUCGAAGGAGCUUUCUCCAACAAUUAAAGAUCAAAAAUUAGCCAAAACUUUAAUAUUCGGAAUUGAUUUGUGCGGAAUUAUACUUGCAUUAUCUCCAUUAAGCAUUAAAAUGUUGUUUGGUCUUAGUGAUAUACUUGGACCAUAUAUUGGACCUCACGUAACACAACUUGGAUUGGCCUAUCCAACAAUGCUCUUAUUAGGAUUCCUUAAUACAAUUGCUUGCGCUCGUUUAUCAAGGGAACAAAACCUUCCGACUUUAAGAUGGUUUCUCUACGUCGCUAUACAUAUUACUAUAAUUAAAACGUUAACUUAUGUUCUUUAUAAUGUUGUAGAUAUGGGUCAAACCUGUCAUAGGUUAUGUUAUUCGGGUUUAAUAAUGGCUUUAAUCGGUACUCUCUUUAAAUUUUUAUUGCAAAAUUAUGGGGAAAUUAAUUUAGUUGAAGAUGUCAUUCAAAGACGUAAAAUAUUGGUUGAAACAACUUUAUCUUUUAAAAUCCGUUCUGCGAGCUUUUUGUUAUUACCACAAAUCAUUAUUGUAUUCCUUGUAAUAUAUAAUGCUAAUUUCAAUCCACAUUGCAAUUCUGGAAUUUUACAGAAAACGAUUGUAAAUGGAACGGAAUAUACAAUUCUCGCACGAAACGAGUCAGUUACUGGAUGGGUUGAAGUAGUUGAGGAAAUAAAACCUCGAAAUAUCCGUGUGAUGCGUGUAGGACACUCUUUAAUAGGAGGAAUUUAUAGAGACACAAAUGAUUCGGUAUUUGGAUCUUUUUAUUUUUUAGAAGCUGUAAGGUUAAUAGAAAAUCAAAAAAAUGCUGAACAAGAAAGAGCUCUUCAAAUUGGAUUAGGUAUCGGGGUAUCGGCAAAAUCAUUGCAGGAUCAUAAUGUUUUAUUGGAUAUUGUAGAAUUGGAUCCUGUAGUUUAUAACCUUGCAGUAAAUUAUUUUGGUCUUGAACGUCGACAUAAUAUUUAUAUUCAAGAUGGUAGAAAAUUUAUAAAUAAUGCACCUUCUCGAUAUUAUGAUUAUGUUUUACAUGAUGUGUUCACUGGAGGUUCUGUACCUUCAGUUUUAUUUUCUAUUGAAGCCUUAGAGCAGAUCAAGAGAAUUCUUAAAAAAAAUGGUGUUUUGGCCUUGAAUUUUGUUGGAUCUGAUAAAUGGCCACAAGCUGAAAGUUUAGCAUUAGUAGCAAAUACCAUUAAAUCUGUAUUUCCAUAUUACAAAUGUUUUAGAGAAGGUCCAUUAGAAAAAGGAUCAUUUCAAAAUAUGGUCUUUUUUGCUUCCGUUAGACCGAUUUCUUUUAGAAAUCCCACGGAAGAAGAUUUUAUGGAUAGUGCAAUGAGAGAAUAUAUGUUGGAAAGUUUUACACAAUGGUCAGUUGAUUUAACAAAAUUUAAGAAUGUAUCUGAUAUUAUUACAGAUUUACGUAAUCCUUUGAAUGAAUUACAACAAUUAUCUGCUUUUGAACAUUGGAAUAUUAUGAGAACUAUAUUUCCUCAAGAAUUUUGGAUUAAUUUUUAA